AGUCAGUUGUGUAUUAAAAGUUGGCGGUAAAAGAACGUUAAAGCGCAAAAAGAAGAUAAAAUCAAAAAGAAAUAUACAAUUUAGAACGUCAGUUUUUUUCGAUUAAUUACAAAAAUCAGCUGCUAAUAAAAUAAAAACCAAACGAUAUUGGUCAAGUUCAAGAAACUUUUUUUUUGCACAAAUUAAAAUAAAUUGAGAAAAAAACUUUCGUUUGUUAUUUUGCAGUGAAUAUUCCAAAUAAAUAUGAAAAAAAUUUAAACAAUUGUGUCAUUUUAUUUUGUAAAAUUGACAAAAAAAAACCACACAGAAUAAUUAAUUAUUUUUGCGCAAUAAUUUAUUUAUACUUGACCAUAAUCAAAAACAAACACAAAAUUUUGCUUAAAUGCACUUAAAAUAGAGAAAAAUAAAUUAAUGAAAUUCUAUAAAACUAAACAAAAAAAUUGUUUAUUAACUUUUAUAAUUACAAAAAAAUAAUUGCAAACUAAUACAAACAACUGUCGCCACCGUUUUAAGAUCUAGCUAAACAAACUUUAAAAAAAACUUCUAAAAUUAUACGAUGUCGUCCGCUUUAGCAGCCAUAAACUUAAAAAAUGAUUUUCUGAUAGAAAAUUUUAAGAAAUCUUCACAACAACAAAUGGCUUUGAGUCGACGUUAUGAACAGCUGCUGGCUACGGAAAAAUACUGUGACUGUGUGUUUGUGGUGGGCGAGGCGGGUAAAGUAAAGUGCCAUAAAUUAAUAUUGGCCACAGCCAGUCCAGUAUUUGAGGCCAUGUUCUAUGGACCCAUUAGUGAGGCCGAAAGUUUUGUGGAGAUUUUAGAUAUGAGCGAGGAAAUAUUUCAACUUAUGAUUUUAUAUAUUUACAAAGGAUCCAUUGAUUUUCAUAAUUUAUCUUUAGAGGAAACCAUUGAGUUGUAUUAUGGAGCCGAAAAGUACUUGUUAAAUGAAUUGAAGUCGGAAUGUUUGGAGAAUAUACAAAUGAAAUUGAGAUUUUCCAAUAUUUUGGCUUCAUUGGAAUUAAGUAUUUGUUUAGAUCUCAAUAGUUUAUUGAAUAUUUGCAUGAAUUUCUUUACACGCUGCUGCCUCAGUGAAUCACAAUUUGUGGCCUAUUUGAAAGCACACUAUUAUCAUGUGUCCAAGGAUUGUAUUAAAACUAUAAUAAAUCUAUGUAAAGAGCAGAUACCCGCCCAAAAUCUUUUAUGGUUUAUAUAUGAAUGGUGCCAACAAGAGUGUGUGGAAAUGGGUUUGAAAUCAAGUGAAUGUUCCAACAUUAUACAAGAUCUCAAUUUGACGGAGCCCAUGCUGCCUUUAGAAGCUAAGGAGAACUUAAAACCACAGUAUACACAAACUAUAGAAAGAUGCUAUUACAAGGCCUGUCGCCCCUUUAAUAUUGAUUAUGAUAAUUAUGAAUGGUGCACACAUAUAAAAUCGAAUAGGUUUAUUUCUCUGCAAGGCCUCACCCUACAAAGUCGCCUUACACCCCAUUUAACGCGCAUGCAUGUGCCCUCAGAUUAUUUUGAGAAUUUACGCAUAGAAAUUACUGCACCCAACUAUGACUCAAGUCUGCUGUGGUCCUAUGAGGUCACAAAACAAUUAACAAAAUAUAAUUGUGAUUUAAGUAUAAAAUGGUCCAAGGGUAUUGUUCUAUCGCCCGAUAUAGAAUAUCAAAUAAAACUCAUAUGGCGUCCUGCCCAAAGUCAGGGAGCUGAAUAUCCCUGUAGUUUGUUUUCCUCCUCUGUGGAGGGUAUACAAUUUAGAGAUUUGGAUACACAUAGUGGUAGUUUAAUUAAGGGUUUACAUUUUAUAAAUUUAGUUUAAAUAUUAUUUAUAAAAUUUUUAGUUAAAUAAAUAAAUUGUAGUAUAGUUUUAGUUAUCAAUUUAACUUUCUUUAAUAUAAAUUAUGAAAAUACACAAAAAAACAUAAAAAUAAAAAGAAAUAUAAAAAAAAGUUC